UUCUGCUGCAACUGUAUGGUAGACUUUCCCAUUAGGAGGAGAAAGAAAGUCUCUUGGAGCUGUUUUUCUUGAAGGUAGAAACUAGAAACUAAACAUUUCUUGGAAUUUUUGGACCCGUUUUUCUAUAAACUGCGUUUUUCGAACCAUAUACAUAUAGUAAUCGAUCCCAGAGUUAACCAAAUCACAAAUGGCUCAUUUUUCCUCCAACACAAGAGAUCUGACUGUUUCGAUUCCAAUUUCGAAAUGGACAUUUCGAUUUUUCGUCGUUCUGGAGUGGGACGCAAAAGCCGGCGCGCCACUGGCUACUCUGUUCGGUCAGGUUGCUCUGUUAGCCGCAUCAUUGUGUCUGCAGAAAACGCGGUUAUGUUCAGAAUAUGACCACAGUGGAAUAAAAACGGCGGUCUUUUACCAUUUCUGCGCUGUCCUGCUAUGUUAUACGAAUCGGUGGAGUCGAUGGAGUCGGCUGGGAUUCCUUCGUCGAAGAUGCGGCGUUAAGGUAAAUUCAAUUGCAAACUUCAUAUGCUUGAUUCUUGGGACUAUUCUUGACAAGUUCUAUGAAAAAUCAUUGGCUAGUCUUUGUUUUGCCCUAACCAUGACAAUCUUGUUCUUAAUUUUGGUGGUGAUUAUACAACCGAGGACCGACCUUGGGUUCUUUGGUUUCCUAGUCGGAGCCACUGGAUCAGUUGCUUACAACCUCUUCCAACUCAAGCUCGGAACCUGGAUAGUGUUUGCCAUCUGCUUUCUACUAUUGGCUUUCAAGUGUUGGUUAGAUAAGCACUGGUUGCAGCGGAAGGGAGAAGAGUAUGUCAAAAGAUAUUUACCGUUAGUAUAUGAAGUCUUCUUCUUCAUCGGUCCAUCUCCGGGUACCGUAAUUCAAAGAAUUGACGCAUUAAUAGUAGCGGGUUUAUACCUUGUUUGGGCGUAUAUUAUAUUGAGCACCAAUUGUCUAAAUUCGAAAUCUUGCGCCUCAUGUUCUGCUAUGGAAAGGCUCAAAUGCGGGGCCAUUUACGGUUUGUGGUUGUUCCCUGCUCAUAUCCAUCGUGUAUAUUAUUUGUUCCAAGUUAAAUUUUGGGUAUUUACGAUACCGUGUACGAAAGCAAGAGUAAAGGCAAAGUUGGAAUAUUUUCUGUAUAUUAUCAAAACACUAGACGAAGUGUGCAGCACAAUGGAUAGCCAUGCGGAGGAGGAAUUGUUGGAGUGAAUAGCGAAGGUUGAGGAUCAGUUGAUAGAGCUUCGUCUAUUGACCAGGGGGCUACACCGUCCUCAGGUGAUGGUGAAAUUGCAAAAAUGGUGAGAAAGAGAAUAGAGAAUAAGAUUUUGAAGAUACAUUAAGAUACUGAAACUCAAAUGAUGAAAGUUGAGUUGAGUAAAAGAAAUAAAAGACCAUUGGCUGAUUUGAUGAUUCUGUAAGGGAAAAGAGCUUUGUUUUGAUGAUCUUUGUAAAAAAAAUUUUGCAAAUUG